AUGACCCCGGGAACACUGCCAAGAAUCAUUUUCUUACUGGUAGCACCGGCAGCAUGUUCUGCCGAGAGAGACACCCAGCACCGGCCACUCCCCGCGCUUUCCCUCCCGGAGCCACACCGGCCGUGCCCGCGGCGGGACGCGGGGCAGGGGAGGGGAGAGCGGCCGGACGGAGGCGAUGACAGCGGCCGGCCCGGUAGCCCCUCGGGAUUACCGGGCGGUGCUGGAGGGCCUGUCCGGCCGGCAGCUCCUCGCAGGGCCACGGCGGGGCUGCUCCCGCCUGCCCGCACGGCGCCGCCCGCCGCAGAGCUACCAGCGGAGGAGCAGAGCCGGCGGGGCCCCGGGGCGACACGGGCCGGGCGGGGAGCGCAGGGAGAGGAGGGGGCGGCAGCGAGAGAAACUUUCCGCCAAGUGCGGCCGCGUCCCGCCGCCGCCCAACGAUCCCGCCCCGCCGCCGAACAAAAGAGCCGGGACCGGGAGCGGCGCCUUGGGGCGAGCGACACGGUUCCCUGGGGCUGCGAGCCGAGAGCCGCGCCGAGCCGAGCCGAGCCGAGCCGCGGGGCUCCCCACCCAGGAGGACCCCCGUCCCCGCUGCGUCCUUACCUGGCGGAGGGCUGGUGCAGGGCGCCGAGCCGGGCCGGGCGCGGCGGUGAGUCCCGGCUAGCUAGAGCUAGUGCCAGGAAGGCUCGGCGGGGAUUCCGCCAUGUCAGUGAUGUCGGCACCACAUGGGGCCCGCGGACGGCCCACGCUACCGCGCACUCUGGAGUAGAGGCUCCCGCCGAAAAGCCGGCUGAGGCGGGCGGCGGCGGGACGCGGCGGCCCUGCUGCCCCCGCCCCGCCGAGAAGCCGCUCCGCCCCGGGCCGGCCCCUCGCCACCGCCUCCGCCCCACCGCCGGGCAGGGGGAGCCGCGGGGGGCGGCCGGGGCGGGUCCCGGCCGCGGCCCAGUCAGGCGGCGCUGCAUGGCUGCGCGCCCAGCGCCAGCUCCGCCGCUUGGCAGGGGCCGAACUCCCGUUUCGCCUCGUCCGCCCCCUGCUCGUCCGAUUUCUGCAUCGUUCCUUAUUGUCAGGUGUCACCCCUGGAGCAGAAGUGACCCAUCGAGCCUUCCCCCAGCCGUCGUGGCAGAGCUUUUAUCAGCAGUUGAUCUCCUCUACCCAUGAGAGCAAGGCUUCCUUUCAGAAACUAGAAAACCCUGUGGAGUCUUAGGCAAUCCAGGUGUAUUUUCAUCAGCUUCCAUUAAAAUAUCAACAUAAACAUUUUUCU